AUGUUUAAUCCCUUUAUUUGUGGCAGUUUUCAUCAUCAACAAGUCGAAGAAGACGAAGAUGAUUCAUACGUCGUCGUCCCUUCUUCGACGCCCAGGAAGACAAGAAGAAGUAGCAGCUUCUGCAGGAGCAACCACAAGAACAAGAACCCUUAUUCCAAGCGUGGGCUCGAUAAGUUCUCUACGCUUUUGGAAGAUCUUCAGGGAAGGAGAGAGAAGAUUUACGCACAGAUGGGCUCCCAAGACAUUCCAGUUGUUCGCUUCGUCUAUUCCAACACAAACGACUGGGUGCCGAUUGUGGUGAAGUUGAGAAAUCCCAAGCAAGACAAACUCAAGCUUGUUGCUGCAAAAAAUGAUGAUAAGCCUGUGUCCAAACAGAACUCAGAAGCCUUGGUCAAGUCUCCUCAUCCGGUUGAGCCCUCGGCUAACCCCAGAGAGGUCCCUGAACAACCAUCACGGCAAGAGGCGACGGAUCAUAGAAGAGCGAAGAAGGACACAAGAUGCUUCUCAUGGAGUCUAGAGAUUGAUCGGUGGAGAAGACCUUCAUAUUAUCUGCCCAUAGUUAUAAUUCUGAUUCUCUUGUGUUUGAUGUUUGGGAGAUCGUUCGCAAUAAUCUGCGCAUCUCUUCUGUGGUACUUGGUGCCUACUAUAACGGACAGACACUCGAAUUUGAGGAGGUCUAUGAAGAAGAAAGAUUAUGUGAGAAAGUUGAGUGAGAAGAAGAUUAUCAGUGACGGAUCCCCAUCAUCUCCAAAGAUUAAGCAUUUUGGGGUGAUGAAAGAAUCAUCACCCAGAAAACAUAGACACGGCAAAAGCUGA